AUGUUCAAACGCAUAUUUUACACUCAAUGUCAAGUACGGCACUUGACAACAUCUUGUAUAAAAAGGAACAUUUUUAAAGACAUAAAGACAUUACAACCACUUCAGCAGUAUGCACCAACCUUUUAUACACACGGUCAGCAUGUGAAACCGCUUUAUCAACCCUCGGAUUUUUAUGCUGAACUAAAGUCUAGAAUACUAUCGGCAAAGGAAAGAGUGUUUAUUGCUGCACUCUAUAUUGGACAUUCAGAAAAAGAACUUGUAGAUACAAUAAGAACAGCACUUUCGCAAUCUUCUACUCUACAAGUUCAUAUACUCAUUGACUGCUUAAGAGGAACGCGUAAUUCAAAGGGACAAAGUUCUGCUACUCUUCUCUUACCUCUCAUCCAAGAUUAUCCAAAGCAGAUCAAAGUAUCACUAUAUCAUACACCUGAUCUUACUGGUAUACUCAAAAAGGCGUUACCACAAAGAUUUAAUGAAACGAUUGGAUUAAUGCAUUUGAAGCUUUAUGGUUUUGAUAAUACCAUCAUGUUAAGCGGAGCUAACCUGAGCACAGAUUAUUUCGUCAACAGACAGGAUCGAUACAUCCUGUUUGAUCAACAACCUGAACUGACAACUUAUUACCAUGACUUAUUAAAACUCGUCAGUUCAUGCUCCUAUCAUCUUGUACCAGCUCAGAAUAAUAAUAGCAAAUAUAGAUUAGAACUUUCAGAUUCCAUGGCGGACCCAGUGAAGGAGAGCCAGAGAUACAAGUCAUUAGUUCAUAGCCGAUUACAACAAUUCUUGAUUGAAUAUCAAAAUAGAAAAGUACAGCAAGAGGGCACCAUGGAUACAGCUAUUUUACCAGUGAUUCAGAUGGGACCCUUUUGUAUCAGACAAGAUGAAAAGGUAACGCUCGAGUUACUCAACAUUGCCAACCAACAGCAAGACAAAUGGACAAUUCAUCUUACGUCAGGCUAUUUCAACUUUACGGAUAAAUACAAGGCAGUGAUUUUAAAGACAAGAGCCUUUUUUAGAUUUUUAACAGCAUCUCCUGAGGCCAAUGGAUUCUUCAAUUCAAAGGGAGUCAGCAAGUUCCUUCCUCCGGCAUAUACACACAUAGAGAAACAGUUCUAUAGACAUGUCAAACGAGCAGGUAGACAAGAUGAGAUCUCGAUUGAAGAAUACAAGAGACCAGGAUGGACUUAUCAUGCGAAGGGACUCUGGGUCUAUUUUGGGAAUGAAAGUAGACCAUCCAUGACGAUGAUUGGCUCGCCUAAUUUUGGCCAGAGAUCAAGCGAGAGAGAUCUAGAAGCUCAAGCCGUGGUAAUCACACAGAAUGAACAGUUAAAGAAUGCAUUGCACAAAGAAAUAGAUUUACUCCAUCAAUACUCAGAGUUGGUAUCCAAGGAAACAUUUGACAGACAAGAUAGACGUGUUCCAUACGGUGUAAGAAUAGCUACAGCCUUUGUAAAAACGAUGCUUUAA